CACGCCGUAUUAGCGCGCUUACGCGACGCGGUCGCGCUGGCCUCCGGAGGCGAGGCGACGAAACGUCGAAGAGGAGGUGUACGGUCGCGCGAGGACGUGAAUUCCCUGGAGGAGGAGCAGGUGAAGGUGGUCGAUGGGGCACGACGACGCGGUUUGCUACGCAUGUUACGCAACGUGUGACGCGACCGUUGAUCGUCGUCGUAGCGUCUCUUUUAACGGGCUACCCACGCGAGGACAAGAUCUCCGGGGACGCCCGCCUGCUUGCCCACCCGUCCGUCCGUCCAACCGACCGACCGACCGACCAACCAACCAACCAACCAACCAACCAAACUAACCAACCGACCGAGCGUUCGCGAUGACGGUGCAUCAUCUCCGCGAGAUACGGUGGAGGUUAUGACUGCGUGCUCUCGUGGAUGGUUGUCCCGUGCGUGGACGCGAACGAUUAACGGCCGCGAGUACACAACGUCCUUCAUACAUGUACGUUCGGCGAGAGUGCUCAGCCGACGUUAACGGAACGUCGCGAUUCAACAUCGCGACGAGCGUUUCCUUACAAACGUGGUGCGCGGAGAGCGGGUCAAGGAAAACAGUGUGGCAAAUUGGCGACGACGAGUCAUUGCGAGCACUGUGGUGGUGCUUACAGGAGGUAACCCAUUUUGACCCGGUCGCGCAGCCAGCUACAGAGAAACGCAGAAAGGAGACUCGGAGACUCCGUUCGCGCCGCUCGGCGCCCGGGGUGCCCGCGAGAGAGCACGCGCGACGAGAGCAACAGCCAGCAGCUCUCGUCGCAGCAUUUCCGACGACAUCUCGUCUCGGCGCAUCGCGUUGCGUCACUCGUGCCCGCGACGCCAUUUUCCAGAGUUGUAAGUGGCGUGACUCUAGCCGACAACAGCGAGACGUGACUCUAGUUUCGCGUGCCGCGUAUUGCUGCUCGCCGUCGCUGUCGCCACUGUACCGCGACGAUCCGUGCGAGAGUCCACAUCGUCUUCGGUCACGGGUGGAUUGUAUACACACAUAAAUGGCGGCUGACGAAAGAUGGUAUUUUACGAGAGAGCAGCUUGCAAACACGCCGAGUCGAAAAUGCGGUAUCGACGGAGACAAAGAGCUGAGCUAUCGGCAGCAAGCUGCGAAUUUCAUUCAGGAUAUGGGACAACGGCUCGUAGUAUCACAAUUGUGUAUCAAUACAGCCAUUGUAUAUAUGCAUCGAUUCUACGUGUUCCACUCGCUAACACAGUUCCACAGGAAUGCUAUUGCUGUGGCGGCACUCUUUCUAGCAGCAAAAGUAGAAGAGCAGCCAAGGAAACUGGAACAUGUUAUCAAAAUGGCAUACAUGUGUCUCCAUAGAGAUCAAGCUCCACCUGACUCCAGAUCAGAGCAAUUUCUCGAGCAAGCACAAGAUCUGGUGUUCAACGAGAAUGUUCUGCUACAGACAUUAGGAUUUGAUGUUGCCAUUGACCAUCCACAUACUCACGUUGUUAGAUGUUGCCAAUUAGUAAAAGGUACAGCGAGCAAGGACUUAGCUCAAACUUCAUACUUCAUGGCAUCUAAUAGCUUACAUUUAACUACAAUGUGUCUGCAGUACAAGCCGACAGUUGUCGCUUGUUUUUGCAUACACCUCGCAUGUAAAUGGUCCAAUUGGGAGAUACCACAAAGUACCGAAGGAAAACAAUGGUUCUGGUACGUAGAUAGAACCGUUACUUCGGAUUUACUUCAAGAACUAACAAAUGAAUUCCUCCACAUAUUUGACAAGUGUCCAUCGAGAUUAAAGAGAAAAAUUUUAAGUAUCUCUGCAAAUCAGAGUCCAAGUACUCAUCAUCCGAGUCUGUCGAAUUCUCCAUUUGAUUCCGAGCCGCGUAAAAUAUCUCCAACUCCAUUAGAUGGUGCCGCCGCCGCUGUUGUUGCCCAUUUCAGUCGUUCUCAUCACGCGGUAGAAGGUGCCGCUGCUGCCCAUUCGAGCCGCUCUCAUCACGCAGCGGAAGGCACCGCGGGUGCUCCUGCUGCCGCCGCUGCUCAUUCCAGUCGUUCUCAUCACGCGGUGGAUGGUACCGCUUCUACCUCCGCCAACGCUAUUACUGCCCAUUCGAGUCGCUCUCAUCAUGCUACAGACGCUACCGCUGCCCAUUCCAGUCGUUCUCAUCAUGCUCAACAGGAGAAGCAGGAUGAAAAGAAAGGAGUUAUCGGAGGAUCAUCGAGAGGCACCGCGAUAGAUUAUCGAGAGUAUCGCGAGAAGAAGGAGCGAGAACGUCUGGAGCGGGAGAAGGCAGCCGCUGCUAUCGGCCAUAUCACCGAUCCUAACAAGCCCCACCAUUCGCAUCAUCAUAAACCAGUAUCGAAUACAAAUAUGCCGAGCAAACAUCAGAUGCUGUCUGUGCAAAAGGGCAUUAAUCUUCAUCAUAAUCAUCAUCAUCGACCGGACAUGAAGGUAGGCCAACCGGUGCCGCAGCGACACUCGACUGGUAGUCAACCUAAUCGUGAUCCCAGUAGACAACGAUUGUCGAGAGAGCAUAAUGCCGGCAUGGCCACCACAAGUGCCGGUAUAACACACUCCUCGCAUUCUCAUGCCAAUUUAGAUAGUUCCUCGUCCGAAUCCUUACCUCAUAGGUCGGACAGUGGUGUCGUACAGGAUUCCACAUCCUUGGCACAUAGUAGUUUGCAGGAAAAAAUGAGUAAUAAUAACCACACCGGACAUAGAGUGAACGCGCUCGAUAGCAAACAUCAGGCGCACGAUAAGAGGUUGUACCGAGGAGAGGACCCAAGGCUCAAAUCCGCCAAAUAUGCGGACAUGAACAGAAUUGAAAACCAACGACGAAAAACAGAGACGCUGGAGCAGAGAUGUGAGGAAGUGCGAAAAUUGAUCGAGAAGCCAUUGCCGCCGCCGAAGCAGGCGGACAUACCGUAUCUGAUGAACGCGCAGCAAAAACAGCAUCACGCCAAGUACAAUCAACAACAGCAGCAAGACAAAGGCAGCUCAUUCUCGGGUGAUAUGAAACACAUGAUAACUGCCAAUCAGAACACGCUUCCGCAAGGUACGUCACCAAGCGCUUCGUCAUCUCAGAAGUCUGCACCCGUAAAGGUGCAAAUGUACAGUCAACAUGCGCAAGGUGUAUCACAGAUUUUAAAAGAUACUAUCAAAAAUGGCAAUUCUCAGUCUUGUCUGAACACAUUGAACAACAUGGAUGAUACGAAAUCAGAGAAGCGAUCGCGAUCAAUGGUGCACGAAGAAUUCGCUGAGAAAAAUUCUGUCGACGUUCAACAGAGCAACUUACAUACACCACCUGGCAAACACAGAUCAUUGUUCAGCCCAGAGACGCCAAUCGUGACCAGAGAAUCGCAUGCGCAAAGUUCAAGGCCUAAAUCGAAACAGAAGACACCACCCUCCGCAGCUGCGAAGAUGAAGGAACGCGUGUCACCGUUCGCGAGUUCUCCAACUCUGCAAGACUCGAUAAAACGACCAUCCAACGAUAGCGUGCAUAAGAGGACUCGUGCAUUGAGUAUCGGCGAGAACGAGCCGAUGAGAAAACAAGAUAUCAAAACGGAAGAUACAGCCAGUUUGGAGGCGAUGAAGAUGCUCGGUCGCGUGCCUGAUCUGAUCCAACCGAUACGCGACAAUCCGUUGUCGUCAAAUGGUAGAAACAGCAGCGUGUCAUCCAUCAUUAAUGAUCUAAAACCGCCAGAACUCAUUAAAUUCGAGCCUGAUCAACCUCGCUUCAACGUGAUGUCACAGCAAAAAACCUCAUCGAUGAACGUGAACGCACUGACUAAUGGUAUGGACCUCAACAUAGUGAAACAAGAGUUUCCGGAACAUCGUGUGAAAAAAGAAUUUCCAGAGCAUUAUAUAAAGAAGGAACCAGGACACAGAGCUCCGGAACCAACUCAAACAAAGCUUGAAUAUACAUCGCCAAGUGUCAACAAGUCCGCACAGAGUAUAAGUGCGUUACUCCAGGAGACACUGGCGCCGAUGCCAUCGCUGUUACAGGGACUGCAACAACCUAGCCAAUUACCUACUCAGCAGGUACAUCAAGAACAAUUGCUGCAUCAUCACCAGCAACAUCAGCUACAGUCUGUUCAGCAUUCGUUGAUGGAUCAUCAAUUACCAGUAUCAAUGACUCAAUGUUUAUCGAUAGCAAGCGAUAAUUUCACGCCGAUAGCUUCGACCGUUGAUAUCAGUGUUCUCUCUGACAAUGUAUCAAUGACGCUGCCGAGCAACAUAGUGGAAUUGACAACGCCAGUCUCCACGGUAACGACUGUUCCUCCGGUCGAGGAAAAGAAAUCGGAGCAUCAUAAGAGCGAGAAGAAGAAAAAGAAGGAAAAACAUAAGCACAAAGACAAAGAAAAGAGUAAGGAGAAGCAUAAGCAUAAACACAAGGAUAAAGAUAAGGAGAAACAUCGUGAGAAAAAAGAUAAGGAAAAAAAUGAGGAAACCCCAACGACAGCACCCAUCAAAAUUACGAUCCCCAAGGAUAAAUUGAACCUCAGCACAGAAGCAUCGCCAACCGUCGGCGGAGGUCUCGGCUCUUCGGACAAAAAUAUAUCACCGCAGAGCACGGGCUUAAAAAUUAAGAUUCCAAAAGAACGGCUCAAGGGUACUGAUAGCGUGCCUACUUCAUCGGCCGCGCAGCCACCGAUGGUGCAGGGUCCAUUAAAGAUCAAGAUACGUACCGAUCUCGGCAUCUCGAGGAGUUCCGCGGCACCACCAUUGGCGUCAUUAUCGUCGUCGAAUGGAUCUUCGCACAUGCAGUUCUCUGAAUCAUCGGCUAAUGAAACGACGAGUCGGAAACGCGAGCGAUUCGAGAUGAUGGGCGAGAGCUCGGGCAGCAGUCUCCCACCUACGAAGAAACAGGCAAUGAUGAUACCCCCGACGGGUUACGGCCAGGGCCACCGACCCGGAGAAAGGCAGAAUGGCAGACACUAUAACUCCGGCAGCAAUAAUAAGGAAAGACAUGCGUCCAGCCAUCAUAAAAGCUCCAGCAAACUGCCUCAGUCUCAGCAGUCGGCGUAGUAUGACUACUUGGCUCAAGUAAGCACGUGGUGCUGGAAAUGGAUUCUCCUUAACUCGAUCAGUCCAGUCUGAAGAGGAAUAACUCAUGAAUGAGGAAAUACGUUUUGUUUUCCAACGAUUACCUUGUGUGCAUUUUCCAAUGAGGACAAAACCAGAAGUGGCGCUUUGGAAAUGUAGUUUGCUGUAGAAGGUAGUUCUUCAUAUCCGUAUUAAGAAUUCUAAAACCUCGCUUCAAAUACCCUUUAGUUUUUUAAGGUAUGAAGGACUAUCUUUGCAUUAAACUGCGCUUUUAAAAGUGCAUUUCCAUUUCUGGUUUCUUGCGAGAUAUCUGAGAUGUAACAUUCGAAUAUGUUUUGAGAUAUUCUGAGAAAUACCAUGGCAUGUAUAUUAGGCAUAUCUGGUUUAUGCCAUUGAUUAUUUACUUCGAUAAGGAUCAUCUCUAUUCGGUUUUCUUCCUCACUCUCUCUUUCUCUCUCAUUUUUUUCUUUUUUGACGAUAAGUAAAAAAAGAAAUGGGAAUACGUGUUACUUGUAACAUUUAUCGUUACCAUUACUUUCUCUUUAAAUCUUGUGAAAAUAACGUCACUUUAAAAGAAUGUAAAGAAGUUUGUGUAAUAUUCGAGUAAAUUGCCACUUCUAUGGGAUUGAAAAGACUCGUAUUUAGUUCUGUAGAAACUUUGACUUUUAUUAGAGUAGUAAAUCACUUGAACUCAGACUAAAUUUUUACUCUUUUAGAGUGACGUUUUUACAAGAUUUACAGAGUUUUACAAAAGUAACGGUAAUAAUAACGUGACAUUACGAAUAAUGCGUUACUUCUCAUUUCUGGGCGUUUUGCAUUAGCUUUUGAUGAAAGCUGUCAUGACGGCAAAAUACUUUAGCGCUGUGAUGUCAGAACUAAAGGCGCAGUUCACAUGAGAAAUCGAAUGGAGGGAACGCCUACACAGGGAGAAAGCAUGUACACUCUGAGAGAAAAGUCUUUGGUGUUCGUGAUUAUAAUUGAAUAUUAAAAUAAUAGUUAGGAACUCCAUUUUUGUAGUUACUGUUAGUAAUAAUAAUAAAAUACAAUAUGUUAUACUGUAUGCGUAUUCUCUCCAUUCGACUCUCGCGUGAGCCGCGUCUUCAGUCUGCCAUCAUUGCCGCGGAGUAGAAAAUAGAAAUUAAAGAAAAGAAAACAUGAUCUUUUUUUUCUGGUAAAUCAGAUGUGACUAGACAUUUCUCUUCGCUCGCAAUCUGCUCACUCUUUCUUCCAUUUAUCCAGCGUACACGCGAUUAAGAAUAAUGUUUCUUAAACAGAGAUGAUUCUUGUUGAUUUGUAAGAUAAAUGCGGACAAUGUGAGGCUCGUGUUCUUAAUUAAAAUUAAUCAUGCACGACGAAAUGCGUGACACAUUGACACACAUAAUGCCAUGACUACUUCGAUACGAUCUAACACUUCGCUAUUUCACGCGCCAGUUUUUGUUUACUUCUCAUAGCGAUUGUGUGACGAUUUAAUAACAACUCUGACAUGAUUUAACGCUUCGCUAUUUCCUACUCGAAUUUUCACUUUUUAUAAUAGAGUUCCAUGUCUCGAAGUGAAAUUACUUACAUUUUAUUUCAUUUUAGUGUACGUUCUCUUUUAUCAUCCAAGUGAUUGAUAAUUGAUAACAUUUUACAGUUGAUAAUUUCUCAUGAAGAAGAAAACUAUCUGGUACACUGAAAAGAAUAUUUGAAAGAAUUGAACAAGUAUUUUUUUAAUAAUUAUACUCGCGCAAAUAACGAGGCGUUAAAUUGGAGGAAGUUCUAGAGGGCGAGAUCUUUAUAGUUUCGGGUUGAAAGGACAAAAAAAGUAAAAAGAGAGGAAAAUUAUCGUCAGAAAAAGAAAAUAUACUGUAAAGAUAAUUGAUAACAAGAUGAUAGAAGGAUGGCAAAAGAUAAUAGAAAAUGAUGACAGAAUUCUUUCUUCUCACUAUUUCGUCGCCUUAGUUAGAUAUCUCAUAUUUAUCCCGUCGUUCUUCCCCGGAAAGAACGUGAAUAUUCAUUGCCGAAUAUUCUUGGCCUGUAAAUUAACCUUUGACAGGUUGAUUCGUUGCAGAGAAAAAUUUGGCAAAUUCGGGAUUUUAAUUUAAGUAGCUACAUCCAAUGAAAAUUUAAGAUUAUUAUAAGAACAGACCGACAGCGCGCGAUUUGAUUUCGGAUCGCUCGACUUUCGGGGCUAUAGUUAGGUGAAAAUUUGCGUACUUGUAUAUUGGGAUUGGCGUGGCGCGCGAACUCUAGAUUUUUUAAGUAAAGUAGGUCAAUAUUACAUUACUACAAUUAAGGAUUGUUUACGAACUUCGAAUACGUUAUGCAUUUAACAAUGCCUUAUUUCCAGGCUGUGUUUUAAUUGAUAUUUUCUCCCGUGUAUUUGUUUCUUUUUACACGCAUCACGUAUGCUGCUCAUAGAGAGUAUGUCCAUUCACAUUGCCUCAUGAUGACUCAACGUUUCUCAAAUCCUCCGGUUCCGAUAAUUCACUUCAUCGAAAGUCAAUGUCACCUAAUGUUCUAUCUGUUACCGAUUGUUCCACGAGAUAAAUCUACGACCGAAUGUCUCUACAACGAAACGAUCGAUUUCAAUUAAGGAGAAACAAACAGAUCCAUACACAUGACACAUUUACACACAUACAUGCGCAUCCAUACGCAUACACGUACACGUACACGUGCACUGAAUACCUGCUCGACAUUUAUAUUAUCACCUUAUUGUGUAAAUAGCUCCCUGCCCGCAUAAUAUAAUAAGUAAGCGUCUCAUAUAUGCUCUAUCGUGUAAUCUAGUAUAAAGAACUAUAAGGUAAUAUUGAUAUUAUACAACAGACUGUAAAUAAGAUUAUUUUGUAAUGCCAAAAGAAACCAAAUGAGAAUAAUCUACUUCGCACGGUGUUACGCAUAGUUGAAUGCGUAUGAGUGACACGCGUUUAACACACGUACGUAUACACAGCAUACACAUAAAACACAGACACGAAAUAUAUCUGCGCGCGCGCGCGUCGGAUGAUGUUAACAUGUAUAAUUGCGCGCAAUCACCGAUUGCGAAUCCACGCAGCACACCUUAUCCGAGGUACGUCCGUGCAACUGCUCGUAGACAAGAUGUGCUCGGUGGAAAGUCAAACACGUGCACAAUGUUUUGUUCGACGAUACGCGCCGAUUAUAGUUAAACUUUGUUCAACGGUACGCAACGCCGUAUAGGAUCAAAGUGUGUUCGCUCGGUCGACGAUCGUCCCAAUCAUACUUUAUUUUUCUUUUGUUUUAUAUAUAAAUAUAUAUAUAUAUAAAAAUAAUCAACUUAAGUUAAGCCUAAGUUAAGCGUCAAUUAUGUCAGACGUAUGAAUUACGAAUUGCGCAAUUUAUAUCGCGUAUCCAACGAUAAAAAAAAUAAGAGAACGAAAAAGAGAUUAGAAGUAUCGCGUCUCUCGCCACAUGUAGCUGUACCGAGAUUCUGUAACUUCCAAGUCUAAUGCACAAUGAAAAGCACAGGCACAUAACAACAGGGAGUAAGGAACAGUUUAAUAUGUUAACAAAAAACGCUUUAUACGUUUUUUUUAUUUAAUAUAUUGAACUGUUUCUUAUUUCCUGUUGCUAUUGCCUGUGCUCUUCCUUGUGCAUUAAGCUUUAACGUUAGUGUUGAUAUUGUUACAUUAUCAUUGCGCAGCUUUUUUAUAAUAUACAAUAUCUGCGCAACGACAGUAUAACGAUACUGUUAAGAGUUAUAGAAUUUCGCUACUGAGCAUUUAAUUGACUGAAAUUGACUAUGAAACAGAGUGAGAGAGAAAGAGGAGAAGCGGCGUAGAGACGUUGGAUUAAUUAGCACCAUUGUUAUUGUAUAAAAUAUUCAUAUCGCAUUACUCGAAAAUGAGAAUGUGUUUUAAUUUUCUAAUUUUUUUUUUUGUAGUGUGCACGUGUCGACAGUGCACAUGGCAUACGUGGCGCGAGCACAAGAAAUCCAACGACGAUCGUAUAAUGUGAUUGUAAAGAGAUGUAUUGUUGAGGUCAGUCUACAGUAGGUGUAGUAAGUUCCAAGUUGUAAAAAGUUCAUUGAUCAUAGACGAGUAUUCUUCUCACGUUCGAUUAUGACUAUUCAAUUUUUUACGACCCAAGGUUUACUAUACUUAUUUUAGAUUAACUCUUAUUUGUUUGAUUGAAGAGCGAUCGAGUUUUAUGACGCGAUAAAAUUGCGCGACGCCGCACAUCUCUCAUGAUACGGCAGGAAUAUUUUUAAUUCUUAUUGUAGAGGAAAAAGAAAAAGGGAGAGCGGAGCGACGAAGUCGAUUUUGUCGCGCCGAUGUACAUUUCGGCGUAAUUAUCAAGUCUCGUAGCUGAGAAGAGAAACGAAAGAACGAAAAGAGCUAGAUUUCAUUCAACAAUCCUCUUUCGUUGAAAGCGUUUUCCGUUCGUUUCUCGGCUGCGCGACGUUUAUCGCUAAUUCUUUUCGCCAACACAUGUAAUUAACGCAAUUGUAUUGCGGGGGACAACGAGAGCCGUUGAGUGGAACAACGUCAUAGCGAAAACAAUGUUUCUCCCUUUUUUUAUGUUAUAAUCUCGCACUGUUUUGUAUACACGAAAGACUAAAAAGAAUCUGAAAACCCGUUUCGUUUUUUUUGUAUAAAAAGCAGCACGUAAUCAAGUAAUUAUUCCGACGGGAAUGUAAUUACUUGAUUACAUGUUUUUUAUUAUUAUUAAAAAAAAAAAAACGAGACGAGCUUUUAUAUUCUCUUUAGUUUUUCGUUACAAAAAUCGCAAAUGAGCAACUACGUCAAGUAUUUCCAUGAGCCUUUCUGUGCAUCUAAGUUGCAGAAAGGGGAAAUGCUUUUUUUGAAUGUAUUUUGAAUCAAAGUUAAUCAGCAUAUAUCCAAUCAAUCCACGUGUUUCUCUUAACAGCUCUCGUCCAAAACCUGAAAGUAACGUCCGAACGAUCGUCGAAAAGGAAAAGAGAAAGAGAGAGAAGGUCACAGUCUUCGUCGUUGUCGCGAUUAUGAAAUCGUAUGUGUAUGAUGCGCCGAUGAGACGAGCAGGCUGCCGUAAGCCAAUCGCGCUCCUACUAAAAGAAAUGAGCGAAUAGUGAAAGUCGAUGCUAAAUACGAUCGAAUGAAAAAAUGUAAAUAGUAAUUAGCUGUAAGGAUUUUAGAGAAAUAACAGCCGUUUUCACGGCGAGAGACGGAGAGAAGGAAUGUAAACUACCGCUCUCGCGUAAUUUUGCACGUACUCCCCGGUCGCGCGGAGAGGAUCUCGUGGGGUUUAUCGGGUUCGCCGUUUCUUCGACAGCAGGAGGAAUAGAAUUUUCGGACUCGCCCAACCGCGUAUGUUUCGUAUUCAUUUCGCCAGAACAAGACGAGGAUACAUCUCCGGGGAUGUAUAGCGCUACUAGAAGCGCGUAUAUUUUCAUUAAUUGUUGAUUGGUACAUUGUGCGUUGAAAAUAAAAAUUGGAGCAUAAGUGAACGGAAAAAUCGAGUGACGGAAGCGUAAACAAAAUUUACUUUUAAGAAAUUGGAAUAGCAAAACGUAAAUGUGUUUAUUUCAUAAAACUUUUUUAAGAGACAUUGCUUUCCUUUUUCUUUUACAUUUUCAAUUUACGCUUCCUCGAAAUUUUUUAAUCUUUUUUUGGUGUAACUCGCGUCGUUAGCUGGACGCACAUAAACGCAUUAAAUAAUUAUUUUGUUUGGGCGUAAUAGAUGAAUCAUCUUGUGGUUCGCGAGGACUUGUGUGUUCACUGGAUUCUUCCUGCUGAGAACGGUGAAUCGAGAUCCUGCUAACUGUGCUGUUCCGAUUCGUAUCUUUCUCAUUUUUUAUUCUAUUUUUCACUAAAAAAAGAAUUUGGUAAUGAUAAUUAAGCUUUGAUAAAAUAAUUUCAAUUAAAUAAUUGGAUUAAUAUUUAGCUAAAUAUAGCUAAAUAUUUAAUAAUUAUACUAAUAGUAGCCAGGCGGUUGCUGAAUAUUAUGAAAUAAAAAUAUUUAGUAAUAUUAUAUUAAUCGAAUAUUAUAUUAUUCUGGUUAUAUUAAUAUUUGAAAUUAUUUCAUCACAAAACUCGUUAUCUAGCCGAUACAGCACAUUAAUAUUGUAUCAACAUCUCAGGAAUAUUUAAUCGCAAGAUUGCGAAUAUUUCAGCAACAUUGUGAAAUAUUGAUAUAAUAUUAAUAAGACAUUGCAGCAAUGUCUAAUGUCUAAUGUAGAAAAAUCAAUAUUGAAAAAAUAUUCACACUUCAACAUUCAACAUCGCAAUGUUGCUACAAUGUUCUGUGCUGUAUGGGUAAGUAUCAUCUAGGCUUAAUUGUUAUUACCAGACUCUUCAUUUGGUGCAUUUAUUCUCGAGCGCCACGUUCCACGUUUGACUUGAUGGAUGUGACAGGUUUUACGCGUGUCUCGUGGCUGAUACUCGAAGCUACGAAUUUCAGCACAAUGUGACUUCGUGGCGAGCCGAAGUUCGCGACCCGGGGAGACUCGGUGAAUCGAGCCGAGUUUGCUGUUAGUUUAAGACGGCGUGCAAAAAAUUGUCCUAAAAUAAAUGAAAAAAAAAAAAAAAAAAAGGCAAACGAUCAUUAAACCAACUGCCAAAGAUUUUCUUUACCCUUUUCCCUCCGUAAAGGUUUUCAAUUUCACGCCACUCACAUUUUAUUCGACCAGAUUUCGUUUAAAUUUCGAUAACUCAGCCGGAAGUGAGAGGGUGGGAUGGGGGUAGGAAGAUUCGCGCGCAACUUCAUUUCGGGCCUCGUGCCACGUGAAGUUACUUACGUUACGAAUAUGUAGCAACGCGAACUUGAAAUUGUUUUGCGCCGUGUUUGUACAGCCGUUUAAUUAUCCAGAAUUUGUUUCUGUAUAGUUAUAAGACGUGAAUUUAAUAAAGAGAGUAUUCUUCGUCGCUAAGGUA